GCAUCCAAUGUGCUCUCAUCCCUCCCUGGUUGCCACUUAAACUGCUAGUAAUAACAAAUCCUUCAGGACAUCAAUAGAGUGGCUGUGUUGAAUAAUCGCAGGUUGUCAGGCGGUAGGCUUGCAGCAGCAGCUCCAUUGCCUGUGACAUCACUCCUGAAGCUCAAACCCUACUCGAAGCUGCCUUCAUUAGUCAGUGUGUUCGUUUGUCUGCUUUUCCAGAUCUACAGACCGACACACGCGGGAAGGCUGCUUGCAGAGGAAGGACUCUGGAAAUCAGAAGCAUCGGAAGAGACAGAAGAAUAAAGAGGCAGAGUGAGAACGAGCAUCGGAGAACAGAAGAGGCUUACAGUAUGAAAUUCAUCUUGAUUCAAUACUUGCUGUCUCUUUUCUCUGUACUAGUUCUCAGCACCAGACAGGGCUAUGAGGAGCUGGAAAGACAACUUAAAGAAGUCUUUAAGGAAAGGAGCAACAUUCUUCGCCAGCUAUCAAAGACAUCCAAAGAACUUGAGGGAAUUAAAGUAAAUCUUCAGUCUCUGAAAAAUGAUGAGGCAUCUGCCAAAAGUGAUGUCCAGAAGCUCUUGGAAUUAGGCCAAAAACAAAGGGAAGAAAUGAAAUCGCUCCAGGAGGCCUUUCAAAAACAACUUAAUGAGGCAGCUGAAAAGGCUGAAAAACAGCAGGCUACAAUUAACUUCUUGAAGACCGAAAUGGAAAGGAAGAGUAAAAUGAUCAGAGAUCUCCAAAAUGAGAACAAAAGCCUGAAAAACAAACUCCUGUCCGGAAGCAAGCUUUGUGGUAUUCAUGCAGAAGAGUCAAAAAAGAUCCAAGCCCAACUGAAGGAACUUCGCUAUGGGAAAAAGGAUUUGAUUUUUAAGGCACAGCAACUUACUGAUUUGGAGCAAAAGCUAGCAAUUGCAAAAGAAGAACUGGAAAAAGCUUCUCUGGACAAAGAGUCACAGUUGAAGGCUCUGAAGGAGACUGUACAUCUCUGCCUGUCUUCAGUAUUACACAAUCAACCUCCCACAACAAAUAUAAUUUCUUCAAGACCAACUGAGAGGCAGACAUCCCUGGUUACAAAUGGUUCAAAAGUUCCAUUUCAAGUGACAAACACCAAGCAAAGAUCUCCUGCAGACAAAGAGAUUCUUCAGGUUUCUUCAAGAAAAGAAGAUAAUCAAAGUGCCUGGGAAUACAAUUCUCAAGAUGUAGGCAAAGCUUGUUUAGGAAAUCAAAAUAAUUCAAGCUCUCCACAGCUGACACUGGCAGAAACAGACCCAAAUGUUCAGAAGUCACAUAGCCCUCCAUGGAUUAAACCUGGAAUUAAAAAAUCAUUGGAGAAAAAAGAAAGCAACCCUGAUGAACAAGAUAAAGUCAAGGAAAAGACAAAUUAAACAUCAUCUCUCUAUCUUUAAAAUGUUCUUCAUUUGCUAUCGUCUUCAUCUUUUUAGUCCAGAGGCAUGAAAAUGUAUCAGGUUUCUAAAGCAUGCAAUUUUUUCCACUAUUUUAUGGAUGUUUGUAAAUUAGUCCAGAAAUUUCUGAAAUAGAUUGAUUAGUAUCUUUCAGCAAUAAUCCAACAGAGAUGGAUGUUUGAGGAAAAAAAUGCUUUGUAAUACAGUCCAGUUUUUUGAAUUUUAUUCUGCCCUGAUCUGUAACUUGCUUACUAUAAAUCACUCUGUUUUGUAAAGAAAUGCUAUUAAGAAGUUUUAUUUUAUUAACCAA